AUGCACAGUAUCGUGUGUGAAUACGCUGAGUGCUUCUCUAGCGAUACUGACCCGUAUGGGCGUGGCAACCUUGCGUAUCAUUACAUCGAUGUGACAGGCCCUCCGCCUCGAGAGCCUGCUCGCGUUCGAUGUGACCCAGAGAAGGCUGACUUCGAGAAGUGGCAAGUCAAGGAGUUCCUUGACUUGGGUUUGGUGCGACCGUCCAGCUCUCCGUAUUGCGCUCCAGUAGUGCUUGCGAAGAAGAAGGAUGGGUCGUGGCGAUUCUGUUUAAAUUAUCGUCCGCUGAACGAGAUCACAGUGGCCGAUAAGUAUCCGUUGCCUCGCAUUGAUGACGCUCUCGAUGCGUUGGCAGGCAACGUGCAUUUCUGUUGUUUGGACCUGGCCAAGGGUUUCCAUCAGAUCCCUAUGGCAGAGAAAGACAUACCAAAGACAGCCUUUGCAGUGGCUGGCAUGGGCCAGUUUGAGUAUCUGUACCUGCCCAUGGGUUUGAAGAACUCGGUGGCUACUUGUCAGCGCUUCAUGGAGGUGUGUCUCGCUGGUCUGCAAUGGCAGACAUGCCUGGUUUACCUUGAUGACGUGUGUGUGAUGGCACGCACGCAUGAUGAGUUGUGCACCCGUCUGCGUGAGGUCCUGGAUCGUGUCAAGCUAGCUGGGAUUAAGUUCCAGCCAAAGAAGUGCAUUUUGGGCACGAGACGGAUGGAAUAUCUUGGACACAUGAUCAGUGCGAAAGGUCUUGAGCCUGUCGCAUCAAAGAUUCAGGCAGUCAAGGACUGGAAACUGCCGAAGACACAGAAGGAGCUGCAUACCUUCUAUGGUCUUUGCUCGUAUUACCGUCGCUUUGUGCCGAAUUUUGCAACAAUCGCUGCUCCCUUGAGCGCGGCACUCAGCACUAAAGCGCCAAAGACAUUCGAAUGGACUCCUGAGAUGAAGGAGGCGUUCUGGAAGCUCAAGAAGGCAUUGUGUGAUCCUCCGAUCCUCGCUAUGCCUGACUUCAGUCGUACCUUCAUCGUCAAGUGCGAUGCAAGUGGCGUCGGCGUUGGAGCUGUCCUCGUGCAGGAAGACGACGACGGCCAUGAGCAUCCGAUUGGAUACAUCUCAGAGAAGCUUGACUCAACACGUCAAGCUUGA